CUUUCAGACUGGAGAGGAAAAGGGGCGUGGAUGACGAGGAAGGCAUUUUAGGCCCAAGAUCAUUCCAGUGUGUGUUUGUGUGAGUGAAAAGUGUGCGUCUGCAACUCGGCUACAUUUUAUGGGAAAGUCAGUUUCCCACCAUUGUGUUCUCAGCGGUUGCCAGACACUGACAGGGCUUGUAGACUGCUGUGCUGUGUGUGUGUGUGUGAGUGAGAGAGUGUGUGGAGAGCGUACGCUGCUGGUUUCAGAGAGCAGCACAGGAAGAGGCAGAGUUCAGAUCGUGUUGGAGCCCUUAAGGUGAAGGCAGCUCUUCUAGUCUUGAAAGUGACUAUCUACCUUCCUCAACGGGCAUUACUUUUCGAUCCCUUGGUUGUUUGGGAGUGUUGACGUCCUGCUUUUGAUUUUGAUUGUGGCAUCUCCUGCCGUGGCCUAGCCAGUGGUGCUAGUGGCAGUGGUGAGCAACAGGGCUGCAUGCCAUGGGCUGUGUCUUCUCCUUGCCAGAGGACAGGAGAGAUGCUGCUGAGAGGCCCCCCACCACCAGAGAAACUAGUUUCAUCGAUAAAAUGAAGAAAACUGGAAAGAACAUCAUUGUGUUCUACGGCUCUCAGACGGGUACAGCUGAGGAAUUUUCUAACAGACUGUCCAAAGACGCUCAGCGCUACGGCAUGAAAGGAAUGGCUGCCGAUCCAGAGGAGUAUGACAUGGGAGAACUGUCCCGUCUGUCUGAGAUUAAAAACUCCCUCGCCAUUUUUUGCAUGGCUACCUACGGUGAAGGAGACCCAACAGAUAAUGCUCAGGACUUCUAUGACUGGCUGCAGGAAAAUGAUGAUGAAGACCUCUCUGGACUUAACUACACUGUAUUUGCUUUGGGCAAUAAGACAUAUGAACACUACAAUGCAAUGGGUAAAUAUGUGGACAAAAGGCUAGAAGAACUGGGAGCCAAACGCAUCUUUGACCUCGGUUUGGGAGAUGAUGAUGGAAAUCUGGAAGAGGAUUUCGUUUCCUGGAGAGAGCAGUUCUGGCCGGCUGUCUGUGAGCACUUUGGAGUGGAAGCUUUAGGAGAUGAUUCAAGCAUUCGGCAAUAUGAGCUCAAGGAGCACACUGACAUCAACAUGAAUAAAGUUUACACAGGGGAAAUUGGCCGCCUGAAGAGUUUUGAGGUCCAAAAGCCGCCCUUUGAUUCAAAAAACCCUUUCCUGGCUCCAGUCACCGUCAACCGCAAACUCAACAAAGCUGGUGACAGACAUCUUAUGCAUCUGGAACUCGAUAUAACAGGCUCCAAGAUCAGAUAUGAGUCAGGAGAUCAUGUGGCUGUUUUCCCUACCAACGACUCUGCAUUGGUGAACAAGCUGGGACAGAUCCUUGGAGUGGACCUUGAUGUGGUUAUCUCUCUCAACAACCUUGAUGAGGAGUCCAACAAGAAGCAUCCUUUCCCGUGCCCCACCACUUACCGCACAGCUCUCACUCACUACCUGGAUAUCACUCACCCCCCUCGCACCAACGUCCUCUAUGAGCUCGCACAGUACGCCUCUGACCCCAAAGAUCAGGAGAAUAUGCGGAAGAUGGCCUCCUCUUCCCCCGAGGGCAAGGCACUCUACCAGAGUUGGGUGUUGGACACCAGUAGAAACAUCCUUGCCAUCCUGGAGGAUAUGCCUUCUCUGAGGCCUCCAAUCGACCACCUGUGUGAGCUGUUGCCUCGUCUCCAGGCUCGCUAUUAUUCCAUUGCCUCCUCCUCCAAAGUUCACCCCAACAGCAUCCACAUCUGUGCUGUAGUAGUGGAGUACAAGACCAAGACUGGCCGCACUAACAAGGGUGUUGCAACCAACUGGCUGAAGAACAAACUGGUCUCUGACAACGGCCACAAGUCCUCUGUUCCCAUGUAUAUCCGCAAAUCUCAGUUCCGCCUGCCCUUCAAAGCCACCAACCCAGUGAUCAUGAUUGGCCCUGGAACUGGAAUUGCUCCUUUCAUGGGCUUCAUCCAGGAGAGAGGGUGGCUCAAACAGCAAGGAAAGGAGGUUGGAGAGACAGUGAUGUAUUUUGGCUGCAGACAUAAGAAUGAAGAUUACAUCUACCAGGAGGAGCUGGAGGAAGCAGAGAAGAACGCAGUCCUAACACAGCUAAAUGUUGCCUUCUCCAGAGACCAGGAGCAUAAGGUGUACGUGCAACAUCUCCUGAAGAAAAAUAAGGAGAACCUCUGGAAGCUGAUUCACACAGACAAUGCUCAUAUCUACGUCUGCGGUGAUGCAAGGAACAUGGCUAAAGAUGUUCAGACGGCCUUCCAUGAGAUAGCAGAAGAGCUGGGAGGUAUGACGCGCACCCAGGCCACAGAUUAUGUCAAGAAACUGAUGACCAAGGGACGCUACUCGCAAGACGUGUGGAGUUAGAGCCUCAAGCCCAGCCUUACUAUUUACAGCUGAAGUGGUAGUUUUAAAGUUUCUGUUUUUAUUGUUUCUCAUUCAGGACUCAAUGUAAAACCAUUAAACACUUGUUCGUACUCACCCUGGUUCAUGAUAGUUGCAGAUAGCAGGAUAUCACAAGGGAAAAUCCUUUCUCAGCCGUCUGCCACAAACACUUUCAGCUCUUCAGUGUGCUGUGCUGUGUUUCUGGACCUCAAGCUUUGUGACUGCUGAAGUCCAUAUUGAGACAUGGAAUCAAGCCAAAACACAGUUACCCUUUCUGGUUUCCACAGACUGGAAGCAGUCUCUAAUAUAAAUAAAUGAUUGUAGCUGUGUGUUGACUGAAUCUUUGUGGGCGCUCUGAGAUUAGAAGUAGGAACCCUGUGGCUCUUACUUAAUCAUGAAUACUUUAAACAAAAACAACUCAAAACAAAUGCGGUUCCCCAUUUAAUUUUGGAUUAGAUACAGACUGUAGCUAUAAUGCACUUGUUUGGGCGAGCAGGUGGAGGGUUCCUGUUGCAGUGUGAACUCUCAGAGAAGCUUUAGACAUUAAAAGGUGCUGAAUCUCUGAUCUAGUAAAUACUUAAAUGUGUCAACUGUGGUUUUAAAAUUUUUGUGAAAAAAACUGGCAUAGGUACAAUUAUGUUUACCUGUUUUUCACAAGGCAGUUUGCCUUUUAUGCAUAAGUUGCUGUUUGUUUUAAUCAGUGGCAGUAACCUUUUUAAAAAUGAGUGGUGCAAGGGGUGAGGGACACGCACAGGCAAUUGUACAGAGAAUAAAACGAGAUGUGCUUUUUAGUUCCAUAGAAGUCCAUAAUAGUCUUUAAAAUGAAACAGAAUUUGUUUUGACCCUAAAAUGUUUGCUAAAUGUGAAGUUUUUGUGUUGAAACCAGAUCUGGCCUCCCAAAUGACUAUUGUGUAUUGUAUAUGCAUCUGACAGCUGAUGAUCAUGGAUUUGUUAUGUGGCAGUAACUCAGCAACCUCACAUGCAGAAGAUGACCAGACAUAUUAGACCAUCAUGUGUGUUUCCCAGCUUCAUCUCAGUACUUUUCUUUGAGUUUAACCAACCACUUAAAGUGCAACCUGUGCCUUUAAAAUACUGCCUUAUAGAUACAUAUAUAUAUGUAUGUAUAUAUAUAGAUAUAUAUAUAUGUGUGUGUGUUAGCAUUAAGAUUAAAAUCCUGAAACUUCACUGUCUUUUUAGUGGUUUCUCUCUUCUUCCAUGAAUACAUUUUGAAAGGCAUUCUUUAAGACACUUUAUUCAGUGCUGUCACUUUUGUCAUUCCGCCUAUCAUGUAACUGUUUGGUUGUAUGAAGGCAUGUGUCUUUUAAUAAAAUUGGGAUCAUUUGUU